AUGCUGGCGGCCGAGAAGCUACGUGAGUUGCGCGUGCUUAUGAGCCGCACGAAUGUGCGUCUGCUGCCGCUUCGCCAUCUCCUGGGCAAGACAGAGAAGGGUACAGCGGCUGAGCUCACGGGUCGGCCGCUGCAAGCUUUCCUAGUGGACACGGCGGACGCGCAUCAGAGCGAAUAUGUGGGAGAUGCGCAUAAACGCCGCGAAUUCCUCACGGGCUUUACGGGUUCCAAUGGCACAGCGCUAGUGACACCGGACCAAGCGCUUAUGUGGACGGAUGGUCGCUACUUCUUGCAAGCGGAGCAGGAGCUGAGCGAGGACUGGACGCUCAUGAAGAGCGAAGAAGCGGGUGUGCCGUCCAUUGAGCAGUGGACUAAAACGAAUCUGCCAGACGACAGCUGUCUGGCCAUCGAUCCGUACUUGACGUCUGUAUUGGCUGCACGAAACUUCGCUAAAGUAUUGAAGGAGACGAAGAUCGAGUUGGUGGCUCUGCAUGAGACCGAGAACCUCGUGGAUCUCGUGUGGAAAGACCGUCCGGCUGUGUCUCCUUCGCAAGUCACGUUCCUGUCGGGUGAGUAUACUGGUCGCUCUAUUGCAGACAAGCUCAAGAGUCUGAGAGACGCAGUGAAGGGCAAGGGCGCAGACGCCAUCAUACUCACCGCACUGGACGACAUCGCGUGGCUCUUUAACAUCCGCGGCAACGACGUCGAGUUCAACCCCGUCGUCACGUCGUACGCGGUUGUGACGCCAGACACUGCGACGUUGUUCUUGGACGCAGCCAAUCAGCACGAAGUGACGCAGCACUUGCGCUCCAGCGGCGUGGAAUGCAAACCCUACUCGAGUGUGUUGAGCGAGGUCUCGGCUUUAGCUGCAGCGAACAAGGACACGAAGAUUCUGGUGGACCCGGCGCAAUGCAACGUUGCAGUGUUUCUAGCCAUCCCCGCUGCGAACCGCAAGGAAGACACGUCCGUGGUUAUGGCACAAAAGGCUAUUAAGAGUGCUGUGGAGAUCGAAGGCAUGCGUCAAGCACACUUGCGUGACGGUGCUGCGCUAGUCAAGUACUUCAGUUGGCUCGAAAAGGAGAUGGCUGCUAGUCAUGAAGAGCAAUGGGAUGAAGUUCUCGUGGCUGAUAAACAGGAACAAUUCCGCAAAGAAGCGAAGCACUACGUGUCACUGAGCUUCGAUACUAUCUCGUCCGUUGGUGCCAAUGGAUCGAUCAUCCACUACUCGCCGAAACGUGGAGAUUGCGCCAAAAUGUCGACGUCUGCCAUGUACCUGAACGACUCUGGAGCGCAGUACUUGGACGGCACGACAGACGUGACCCGGACGCUGCACUUUGGACAGCCGACAGAGUAUGAAAAAGCCUGCUUUACUUACGUGUUGAAGGGACAUAUCGCGCUCGCGAGCACAGUUUUUCCGGACAAGAUGGACGGUGUCAAACUCGACGCCAUCACACGCGCGCCGCUGUGGAAAGCUGGUCUGGACUACCGUCACGGAACGGGCCAUGGCGUCGGUGCGUUCCUCAAUGUGCACGAAAAGGGGGUGUUGAUGUCGUUCCGCUUGAACCCGAACGGUCUGAAGAUCCAAGAUGGUAUGGCCCUCAGUAAUGAGCCUGGAUACUAUGAAGACGGCAAGUUCGGUAUUCGUAUCGAGAGCGUCAUGGUGGUCAGGAAGGCGCCGCAUAUCAAGAGUCCACUUAACCGCGAUUUUUGCAAAUUCGAGACGCUCACCAUGGCUCCAAUCCAGCAGAAACUCAUCGACGCGAGUUUACUCACCCCCGAGGAGAUCAAGUGGCUUAAUGCGUACCACAAGGAUGUCCACGACAGACUGCAACCACUGCUGCAGGACGAUCCGGAUACCUACGCGUACCUCGUCCGUGAAACGAAACCUCUGUAG